AUGACCAAUCCUUUCUCCAUGGAUUUGAAGGAGAGCACCAGCGAGGGAAGUCUGGGGAGCCUCCAGCCCUCCAGCCUCCAGAUCUUUGCCAACACCUCAACUCUGCAUGGAAUCCGCCAUAUCUUUGUCUAUGGACCUAUGACUGUCCGGCGGGCCCUCUGGGCUCUGGUCUUUGUGGCUUCCCUGGGCCUCCUCCUGGUGGAGAGUUCCGAGAGGCUGGUCUACUACUUCUCCUACCAGCAUGUCACCAAGGUGGACGAGGUCGUUGCCAACAGCCUGGUCUUCCCAUCUGUCACCAUCUGCAAUCUCAAUGGGUUCCGCUUCUCCCGCCUCACCACCAAUGACCUAUACCAUGCCGGUGACCUGCUGGCCUUGCUAGAUGUCAACCUGCAGGUCCUUCAUCCCCAUCUCGCUGACCCAACCGUCCUGGCCAUACUGCGAGAGAAGGCCAACUUCCAGCAUCACCGAGCCAAAGUCUUUAGCAUGAGUGAGUUCAUGGGGCGCGUAGGCCAUGACGUGAAGGAGAUGUUGUUGUACUGCAAGUUCCGGGGGCAGGAGUGCAGUGACAAGAACUUCACAACCGUGUUUACAAAAUAUGGGAAGUGCUACAUGUUUAACUCAGGAGAAGAUGGGCAUCCUCUGUUGACCACAUUCAAAGGUGGGACAGGCAAUGGCCUAGAGAUAAUGCUGGACAUUCAGCAGGAUGAAUAUUUGCCAAUAUGGGGAGAAACAGAUGAAACAACCUUUGAAGCAGGAGUCAAAGUCCAGAUCCACAGUCAGUCUGAGCCGCCGUUUGUUCAGGAGCUUGGGUUUGGUGUGGCGCCGGGUUUCCAGACUUUUGUAGCCACGCAGGAGCAAAGGCUGACAUACCUUCCGCCUCCAUGGGGCGAGUGCCGCUCAUCAGACUUUGGCCUGGACUUCUUUCCCAUCUACAGCAUCACUGCAUGCAGGAUAGACUGUGAGACCCGUUAUGUGGUGGAAAAUUGCAACUGCAGAAUGGUUCACAUGCCAGGGGAUGCUCCGUUCUGCACGCCAGAGCAGUAUAAAGAGUGUGCAGAUCCUGCACUAGUGGUUCUUGGUGAAAAGGACAGCAGUUAUUGUGUGUGCCAAACACCAUGCAACUUAACACGCUACAACAAGGAACUCUCCAUGGUUAAGAUCCCCAGCAAGACCUCAGCCAAGUAUCUUGAGAAAAAGUUUAACAAGUCAGAGAAAUAUAUCUCGGAGAAUAUCCUUGUACUGGAUAUAUUCUUCGAAGCCCUCAACUAUGAGACCAUUGAGCAAAAGAAAGCAUAUGAAGUGGCAGCUUUACUUGGUGACAUUGGAGGUCAGAUGGGCCUUUUUAUUGGUGCUAGUAUCCUCACCAUUCUGGAAAUAUUUGAUUAUAUCUAUGAGGGAACAAGAACUGGCCAUUGAAGAGGUGAUUCAAGAAUGCCAAGCAUGUGAAUCAACAGAAAGCAACUGACAGAAGCUGCUGUAAAAGGAAAGGGGAAGAUUAAAGGAACAGAAACCCAAGAAACGUCAAUAAUGCUUUGCCAGUCCAUGUCACAGCAACUGUGUUUUAACAAAAAACUGCCAGAAAUCAGGUCUGGAGACAGGCAUAAGGACAAUAUAGAAAACACUGUCAUGGAAAAACUCACAGCUAAGGAAUUGCCAAGAAAUUUGAUAUCCUUUUGUAAAUUUUGUAAACCGGAAAGAGCAUGUCCAGGAUCCUCCAUCACAAUAUUCCAAAAUUUGAACCCUUAAAGAUAGGUUACUUUAUGCUGUACUGUUUAAUGAAAACACCAAGUGAGAAUGUAUUUUCCUAUCCUCUGCUUACAUGCAUUACUGACACAUUUUGUUAUAUAUUUUUGAUCAAUGAGUCUUGCUAUAUGUUCUCUUAUUUAUGCCAUUGCCCAGGAGAGGGGUUCCCAUGGGGGGGGGGAGGUAUGGUUGCUGUUUAUGUUAAUGAUCCCAUCUAUGGUUAUUAACAGGGUAGUGUCCUGUUCUUAAGGUACGGGGAAAACACAUUGUAUGUGGUCUGUAUUCUCUCUUUUUUGAUACUGUACCGUUAUUUCAUUUUUGUGUUUUAAAAUAAGAAAAAUUAAUAUUAAAAAAGAGAGAAAACACUGGAAUGAAAUGGGUUGCCAAUCUGGAUUCUUCAUAAAAUUAAACAAAAUAGCAGUGUCCUCUACAGAUUAAAAGGUUGUGUGGCAGCAAACUUGGAGGGAAAGUUUUCUUCAUUGCUCAAACCAUUACAGCCCUGCAUCUUCUCAUAUCUCUUUUUCCUAUGUAUAAUUUCUAAAGAGUCGAUCAAAUUCCAGUGGCUUCAUUCCAUACCUUACUUUUGAAAUCUGGUUCUGAUGCCAGCACUUCUCAAACGUACUUCAAAUUUCACAAUACUGACGGCACUGAGCAGUGGGGUUAACGUGGCCGCUGACCUCCUUCCGCCUCAGGCACUCAUCACUAGAUUCAGGGAAAGGAUGUCAACUCCUAUCCAUGGUGACUGCAUGGGUACAAGGUGCUGCUGAGAAGGCAAAGAGGGGCAAGGGCAUUCCAUUCUAAUGCACCAAUGGUCUUAGAGGCUGUAGCAGAUGGCCACCCUUUCAGCACCAGGAGAGAGGCUGCCCCCUUAAGCCCAGCAGCAGCAUUAGCCCCAGUCUAACAAGAGCUGUGUGAGAAUAGGAAGGAAAGGAGGCCUUGCUGCGGUGUAGGUCAGCCUUUCCCAGCCUUCGGGUCCCCAGAUGUUGCUGGACUCCAACUCCCAUCAGCCCCAAACAGCAUGCCCAGUGGUCAGGAAUGAUGGGAACUGUAGUCCAGCAACAUCUCAGGACUCAAAGGUUGGGGAAGGCUGGUGUAGGACAAGGCUUGCCUUCACCUUUUUUCUUUUUUUAAAAGGAGAUAUGGGCCCUAAGUGCUGGAAGUGCAUACGUAGUAUAGCAGCCCCAGGAGUGCACAAUCCUCAGUUCAAAUCACAUCUCGCUCUUAAAGUCAUAGGAUGGACAUAGGCAAGCCACUACCUUUCAGCCGCAGCUCCACAUCUGUAAUAUGAAGAUGAUAACCUUGACCUGUCUUACAGGACAAUUAUUAGGAUAACUGAGGGCAUGUGAUGGUGGCAGGAUCCAGCCUGCUAAUUAUAUCUAUAAAGGGCAUGUGUGGCAGUUUAAAAGGCAGCAGGGGGGUUGAUUUGAUCCUCCUUCCCCCCAAAUUCCUACGUGUUUUUUUUCCACUUAACACUGCUGUGUUCUAGUGUUUUUUUCUGGUCCCACCAACUAAAUAAAAACAGCUAAAAGCGGGGGGGGGGGGGUAAGGGGAACACAAGUGAAAGGGCUCAGCUCUCCCCACCCACCCAUGCUGCACUUUAAAUUGCCACCCAUCCCACCUUAUCCUUGGGAUUUGGCAACAGACCCAAUUCUGUCAAUGGACCUGCUGCCAUUACACCUGGUUGACUGUGAGGCAAGGCAGGUGAAGUGCUUUGAACCCUCCAGGUAGGUUAGGUCAGGGUUCUUCUCCCCAUGUUGCACAAGGUGGUCUGAGGCUCACAGAACUGUGGUUUGUCUAAAACUGCCCUACUGGGAUUUGC